CUUCAUUUUUCCAUCUGCUGGCUUUCUUAAUUCUAUUUCCUCAGAUGAAUAUGAAAACAGGAAAAGGGUGGGUGGAUAUUGGAAAUGCUGUGAUUGCUGAUGAAUUUUUUCAAGCUGCAAUGGCUAAUCUGGAGAAAUUAUAUAUUAAAUUAAUGCAGAGGAGCUUUCCUGAGACCCAAUUGACUAUGCAGAAGAUUACCGUGGAGAGGGACCUCUUGAAAGUGUUGUCUUAUCAAGCAGAGUCAGCAGUUGCUCAAGGUGAUUUUCAAAGAGCAUCUACCUGUAUACUGCGCUGUAAAGAUAUGUUGACAAGACUCCCCAAAUUGUUUACAUAG